AUGCAGAUCAGAAAUCUUUCAUCCGCUGCCUUCCUCGCGGCCACAACCACUGCCCUUCCGGCCACCCAGUCCGAGACUUUCGGCGUUGUCGCCAUACAUUCCGGAUCGAGUGUACAGUAUUCCAGCUUCAACGCUGCCAAGAGUAGUAUCUUCGCCGGUUUGAAGAACCAGGAUGCUAGUUGCGCCCGUCCCAACGAGCAAGACGCCACUUUCUACAUCAAGAAUAGUUCUCUCUUCCUUUACGACGCAUCUGCCACUCCCCAAGAGAUUUAUGUUGAUCGUUCCGGCAUGGGCCAAGGUGUCAUUGGAUACACUACUGGUGCUCAGGGUGCCCCCAAGAAUGGUGAGCGCCAAGGGUGGGCUAUCAAAGACGGCCACCUUCAGUUUGCUGGUGAAGACCUGAUUGCUUGCCCCAACAGCAUCGAUGGAGCUUGGUCUAUUUGGGCGUCCGCUGGUAUUGCAAACCCCGGUGGCAACGAGGACUGUGUAGGCGUUGCUGCACGCGUUGAGAAGACCUCAAACCCCAACGGCUGCCUCUACACCCAGUAA